UUUCAAAUUUCCAAAACAAAAAAAUGGAAAGUGCUAGAACAUAUGUAAAGCUAAAAAGCAAAGUAAACCGACCUUUUCUUUACCAACAAGAAACGGAGCUGUGCCUCAACACACCAUUAUAAAAACCCCAGUCUUCACCAAUCUUUGAUCCCCUAUACUUGACGUUCUUGUUCGGCUUCGUCUCCUGAUAUUUUUUUCUCUUUUCGUCUCUGCGACUCAAAUCUCCCCCGCGAUGAGUAACCAACCUGAAUCAUCGGACUCCAAGGGAACGAAGAGGGAUUUCAGUACUGCGAUUCUGGAGCGCAAGAAGGCUGCGAAUCGGCUUGUCGUCGAUGAGGCGAUCAACGAUGACAACUCUGUGGUCUCGCUCCACCCGGAUACCAUGGAGAAGCUCCAGCUCUUUCGCGGUGAUACGAUCUUGAUCAAGGGAAAGAAGAGGAAGGACACAAUCUGCAUUGCCCUUGCUGAUGAUACAUGUGAUGAACCAAAGAUUAGAAUGAACAAAGUUGUCAGGUCAAAUCUGAGGGUUAGGCUUGGAGAUGUGGUCUCUGUACAUCAGUGUGCUGAUGUAAAAUAUGGACAGCGUGUGCACAUACUUCCAGUGGAUGACACAGUUGAAGGGGUUACUGGGAAUCUCUUUGAUGCAUACUUGAAACCUUAUUUUCUGGAGGCAUACCGACCAGUGAGAAAAGGUGAUCUCUUCCUUGUGAGAGGAGGAAUGAGAAGUGUGGAAUUCAAGGUUAUCGAGACUGAUCCCCCUGAGUACUGUGUGGUUGCACCAGACACUGAGAUCUUCUGUGAGGGUGAGCCUGUGAGGAGGGAGGAUGAAGAUAGAUUAGAUGAGGUUGGUUAUGAUGAUGUUGGUGGUGUUCGAAAACAGAUGGCUCAGAUUCGGGAGUUAGUUGAGCUGCCACUUAGGCAUCCACAGCUUUUUAAAUCAAUUGGGGUAAAACCACCAAAAGGGAUUCUGCUGUAUGGACCUCCUGGGUCUGGAAAGACCUUAAUUGCCCGGGCUGUUGCUAAUGAAACUGGAGCUUUCUUCUUCUGUAUUAAUGGGCCAGAGAUCAUGUCAAAAUUGGCUGGAGAGAGUGAGAGCAACCUCAGGAAAGCAUUUGAGGAAGCAGAGAAAAAUGCUCCUUCCAUUAUCUUUAUUGAUGAGAUUGACUCUAUAGCUCCUAAGCGAGAGAAGACACAUGGAGAGGUGGAGAGGCGGAUAGUUUCCCAGCUCUUAACUCUUAUGGAUGGGCUUAAAUCUCGUGCCCAUGUUAUUGUUAUUGGUGCUACAAAUCGUCCUAACAGCAUUGACCCUGCUCUGAGAAGAUUUGGAAGAUUUGAUAGGGAAAUUGAUAUUGGUGUUCCAGAUGAAGUUGGGCGUCUUGAGGUUCUCCGUAUCCAUACAAAGAACAUGAAGCUCUCUGAAGAUGUUGAUUUAGAAAGAAUUGCCAAGGACACGCAUGGUUAUGUUGGUGCAGAUUUGGCAGCUCUGUGCACUGAAGCUGCACUUCAAUGUAUCAGAGAGAAGAUGGAUGUGAUAGACUUGGAAGAUGAGUCCAUAGAUGCAGAGAUUCUCAACUCUAUGGCUGUUACUGAUGAGCACUUUAAGACUGCUCUUGGAACAAGCAAUCCAUCUGCUUUGCGUGAGACUGUUGUUGAAGUGCCCAAUGUCAGCUGGGAGGAUAUUGGUGGUCUUGAAAAUGUCAAGAGGGAGCUUCAAGAGACGGUUCAAUAUCCUGUGGAGCAUCCUGAGAAAUUUGAGAAGUUUGGUAUGUCUCCCUCAAAGGGAGUUCUCUUCUAUGGUCCCCCAGGAUGUGGGAAAACUUUGCUGGCCAAGGCUAUUGCCAAUGAAUGCCAGGCAAACUUCAUCAGUGUCAAGGGUCCUGAAUUGCUUACUAUGUGGUUUGGAGAGAGUGAAGCUAAUGUACGAGAAAUUUUUGACAAGGCUCGCCAAUCAGCUCCAUGUGUCCUUUUCUUUGAUGAGCUCGACUCAAUUGCAACUCAGAGAGGAAGCAGUGUUGGAGAUGCUGGUGGUGCUGCUGAUAGGGUUUUAAACCAGCUGCUUACAGAAAUGGAUGGAAUGUCUGCAAAGAAAACUGUUUUCAUUAUUGGGGCCACUAAUAGACCAGAUAUCAUUGAUCCUGCACUCUUACGGCCAGGUCGUCUUGAUCAGUUGAUUUAUAUCCCUCUACCUGAUGAGGACUCUCGCCAUCAGAUAUUCAAGGCCUGCCUCAGAAAAUCUCCUGUUUCUAAAGAUGUGGAUUUGAGAGCCCUCGCGAAGUACACUCAAGGUUUCAGUGGUGCUGAUAUUACAGAAAUUUGCCAGCGGGGAUGCAAAUAUGCAAUAAGAGAGAACAUUGAGAAAGAUAUUGAGAGGGAGAGGAGGAGACGGGACAACCCGGAGGCAAUGGAGGAGGAUGUCGAGGAUGAAGUGGCGGAAAUCAAGGCUGCUCAUUUUGAAGAAUCCAUGAAGUACGCUCGGAGGAGUGUGAGCGACGCUGAUAUCCGUAAAUACCAGGCAUUUGCUCAGACCUUGCAGCAGUCUAGAGGGUUUGGAACCGAGUUCCGAUUUCCCGAGACUAGUGCAGCAGCACCUGCAUCCGACGCUUUUGCCGCAGCUGGUGGUGCUGAUGACGAUGAUCUCUAUAGUUAGUUUUUAUUUCCAAUGCUUAACAUUUGUGUCUCUCCUUCCAUUCUGUGUACUUCCUGAUUCCUCUGAUACAUUGGGGGUCAAUGCCUUCCAUGUGAUCAUUACCAAACCUGUGUUUUUGGCCGGUGUAUGGCUUAGUUUCAAGUUUAGGGCAGUGCUCGCUAUGGUUGAAAAGAUAUUAUUAGUGGAAAGGCUGUGAACUGCACCUGCUUUUGAAGUUAUAUUUCAGAUGUUUAUCCUGAUCA